GCAAAUACAUAUCCCCAUAGACAUAUGUGUUCAUCUGUACACGUAAGCACAUAUAUUGUGAAUAGUGUGAUGGAACCAGCCCGUGUUAUAUUCAGUAAACUUAAAGCUUUUCCUCCAGCUAUUGAGGGCAAGAUCGAAACCGAAGAAUUUCUUGAGGCAGCUAACGAAAUUGUGGAAGUCAUACGUACAUUUGGUACAUUGUUCACUCCGGUAGUCACUGAUAUGAGUGGCAAUAUAAAUAAACUCCGAAAAUCUUAUGAAAAAGACUGCAAUAAAUGUAAAUAUUUGGAAGACCUAAUCGUUUUCCAUGCAAAGAAAGAUAACUUCACUACUGAUGCUUUGUUAUGGCUGAAAAGAGGGCUGCAGUUGAUAUGCACAUUUUUCGAAAAUAUUUACAACGAUGUAGAGCAGACGCAAGCAAUAAAAAAGCAUUUGCAAGAUGCAUAUGAGCGUACACUGAGACCAUACCAUGGCUUUAUAGUGCAAACAACUAUCAAGAUUAUAUACAAUUGGAUACCUACCAGAUCUCAAUUAAUUGGUCAAGGUCCAAUUCACGAGGAAAAUAUGAACGUUCUCUCCUCCUAUUUACCUACGUUAAGAGAUCAUCUAAAUCGAUUGGAUGCCUUACUUAAGCAAUAUAAAUUGGACGAUAAUAAACAAGUUUAAUAUGUGUUAGUCAAAAUGCGUUUGUUAGUUGAAAAUAUUUUCUUUUGCUGGGCCAAACAACUUAGAUAGGAUGUAUACCAUUACCGCCCUGAUUACAAACUUAAUGAAUAACAUUAGAAAUAUUUGUAUCUCACGUUUAAUAUGAAAUAAAAGUGUACUUACCACAUCUGUCUAUAAAUCUAUAAAUAUCAUAAUGAGUGUAAAAUAUUAAUAGCUUUUAAUUCAAAAAAAUUGAUGAAAUUUAAAAUAGUUGUGAAAUAGUUUACUUAACUUCCUUUUUAGGAUAUACAAAAACUGUUUCUUGUAAAUUGAUGCUGUAAAUCAAA